AUGGCUGCUACCACAUAUUCUCCGGUUCUUGAGACCAGCCGCAUCUUCUCGGAACUAUGCGAGCAGGCUGAGCGCUUCAACUUGCCACCCGAGGUCGUCGAGAACAAGGACCGUGUCUCGUUCUCUACCAGUCACAAUGAAAUCUAUUUCCCCAUUCCAUUUAAAGAGACAGAAACACUCGCCGCUCUGAAGGCUGUUGAGGGCUCAGUAGCAGCCGCUAUUGCGGACCUGCGAUUCGGUGCUGGUUCGGAACCUCGCGGCGUUCAAGUCAACCUCGAAAGUGCCACUGCUUUCGGAUGUCAAGCGUAUAUGGCCAAGGUUGAUGGCUUGUCCAAGCUCGACCCAGCUGUGAAAUCGAAGUUGAAGAAUACUGAUUUACUGGCUGCCCAAUCCGAUGGCUACAGACGUAUGUCCGCCAAUCUUUACAAGACUAAGAAUCCAGAUGAAUACUUCCAUAUUCAUGGGUCACUGGAGGCUACUACAACCUUGAACAUGAUUGGACUGGAAGGUCACCGACCAGACUUGACUGAUUAUGAGGAGAUUAUCAAGGUGAUCGAGCCAAAGGUGCAGCAAUACACGGCCGCCGAGCUUGAAGUGAUGAAUAAGGAGAGACGCCAGGCUGGUGUGACUGCGUACAAGCAUGAGGACUUCAUCGAGACUCCCCAUGGAAAGCUUAACGUCCAAGAGCCAGCAUGGAAAGUGAGCAAAUUGCCUGGCGACCUUCCGCCGACCCAAUUUCCAGCCAGGAAAAACGGAAGCAACAGAAUUCUCGAAGGCGUCAAGGUACUGGAAAUGUGUCGUAUCAUCGCCGGUCCGACAGUCACCCGCAUUCUAGCCGAGUACGGCGCCGACGUCUUGAAGAUCACCAGUCCCACUCUGUCCGACGUUCCCUUCUUCCAAGUCGACGGCAAUAUGGGCAAGCACGCAGCAGACCUUGAUCUGAAGAGCGAUGCCGGACGCCAGGAAUUCGAGAAGCUCCUCGAGGAAGUGGACGUCAUCGUCGACGGCUACCGCCCAGGGGCUCUCGACAAGCUCGGCUACGGAGCCGAAGCAAUGGCAGCAAUGGCCCAAAAGCGCGGCAAAGGUAUCGUCUACGUGAAUGAGAACUGUUUCGGAUACGAAGGUGAAUGGGCUGGCCGCGCUGGAUGGCAGCAAAUCGCCGACUGUGUUACUGGCAUCGCCUGGGCGCAAGGCAAAUUCAUGGGCCUCUCCACACCUGUCGUGCCCCCCUUCCCGAUCUCCGACUACGGCACAGGCUGCAUGGGCGCUAUUGCUGCGCUGACUGGUCUCUACCACCGCGCGAAAACCGGCGGCUCAUACCACGGCAAAGCCUCGCUGAUGCACUAUGACCUCCUACUCUUCGCCAUGGGACAGUACUCAGAUGAAGUGCAGGAGGAACUCCGCAAGGUGCAGUCGCCUGAGUUCUUCAAGUUGCGCCACUGCGAUAGCGUGGACCGGAUCUCGUCGACGGUGUUGAAGGAUAUGCAGCAACGGUUCCCGCACUUGUAUUUGCCUGCUGGGGCUGUCUCAGAAGGUCGCAAGCCAUUGACUGAGCUUUGGUCGUCGCGCGCAUACGGUGCGGAUAUUGAAAUUGUGAAGCCGGUUGCUACUGUCGAGGGAGUGGAUAAUCGGUUCGUGCGGUCGAGUCGUCCUAACGGAUCUGAUCGAGCUACGUGGGAUGAUUUCAAUUUUCAGGAGGAAGAUGUGAAGAAGUGUUAG